AUGGCUGAAUCGACAUCGACAUCGGUUUUCCCACUGGACGGAGGCUGCGCAUGUGGCUAUGUCCGGUAUCGCCUUGAGGUGCGUCCUCUUGUUGUGCACUGCUGCCACUGCACCUCUUGUCAACGCGAAACCGGGACAGCAUUUGCCAUUAACGCAGUGAUCGAGUCAGGACAAGUCACUGAUUUGACCGCGGCGCCACCUUCUGUCCCUGCGUCCUACACCCAGGCUGCGAAGCCCGCAGGGCCACCACUCGCUCCUCCCGACGAGGAUAUGUGUGAACUCCAGAUCAUCAAUACCCCAUCGGAGUCAGGAAACGGUCAAAGAAUUGCGCGAUGCCCCAAAUGUUCGGUUGCUGUCUGGUCCUACUAUGGAGGCGCCGGGUCUCUGGCGCGGUUUAUUCGCGUUGGGACACUGGAUGAAGCGUGGAAGGUUCAGCCGGACGUGCACAUCUAUACACGGAGCAAGCGAGGGUUUUUCACUCUGGAUGACUCAAUCCCGCAAUACGGCGCCUUCUAUCCUAGGAAGGAAGAUGUAUGGAGAGAGGAUAGUAUGGACAGAUGGAGGAAACUGGUUCAAAAACGCGAGACAAAGUGA